CACGAAACGGGCCAGGUCUGGCACGAGACUGGCUUGCCAGAUCUGGGCCACCAAGCUUGGCCCGAGGCAUGGCCAGACCGGCAAAGAGCAUGGCUUGCCAGGCUUGGGUCACUAAGCUUGGCCCGUGGUAUGGCCAGACUGGCAAAGAGCACGGUUUGCCGGGCUUGGGCAACCACGCUUGACCCGAGGUAUGGCCAGACUGGUAAAGAGCAUGGCUUGCCAGGCUUGGGUCACCAAGCUUGCCCCGAGACAUGGCCAGGCAGACAAGGGGCAUGGUUUGCCAGGCUUGGGUCCCAUAUGGAACAGCAUUCCAAAAAUUGAAUUCUCAUGGGGAAUGUUCCUUCACUAAAUUUUUCGUCCUUUGAUUCUCCUUCUUCCGAAGGUACCAUUAUUUCUUCUGAACAUACUAUUUCAGGGGAAAAUAUGCGUGGAUAUCACCGUAUACCACACAUUCUAUGACAACAGCCCGUAAGAUGGCGUGUUGAGUAGUCUGAUUGUGGCAGUAGACAUGAGUGUCGUGUGCGGCAAUUUAUUAUUUUAAUAUUACUCUUUUACUAUUGUAAUAUGUCUCAGAGUUCAUAUUCACGGGUUAAAAAAUACAGACAUUUUCAUCAACUGAAGAAAAAAGAAUCUGUAAACGUAGAAGGCGCUAAAGAAAAAACUCCGGAUUACAGUGAACGCAAUAAUGCCGAUGAGGAAGAGGUUAGUUUGCCAACAGCCAAUGAAAUAACUAUCCGUAGUGGAUCUAUUGUGGAUCAAAUUAGUGGAGAUGUCGAUGUUCGACAUCUCGAUGAUAAUGCUAGUGCUUGUGGUGAUAGUUGGUCGGGUGGUGAUGGUGAUUGUGGCUCGUAUAAGCAUCUUAAUGAUUGCAUCAGUGAAUCCAAUAGCAGCGUUGGAGACAGGGAUGAACCAAUUCUUGGGGGCUCAGGUUGUGAUGGUGAUUCAGAUGACAUUGACAAUGAUUUCAACAAAGUAUUCACUGACAGCAUUGGAGACAAGAAUACACAAACUCUGGACAAAUUGGAACCGCGGGGAAUGGAGCAAAAAAUUAAUCAAUGGGCAGUGAAAUUCAGAAGAGCUACAACAGCAGAAGCAAUCGAUGAAUUGUUAGCCAUUUUAAGAAGUGAAGGUUACACAUCAAUACCCAAGACUACACGGCAGCUUUUGCAAACUCCCCAUUGCAGACACCUAACAACCAUGAGAGGAGUUCAUGAGAUUCCAGGUGAAUUCAUUUAUUUGGGAAUCGCCUCGGGACUCAGAAAAAUAAUUUCAACUCAAAUUUAUCGAGAAAACGACAUUUCUCUUCUGGUUCAUAUUGACGGUAUGCAGGUAUACCGGAAUGCUAAGAAGGAAAUUUGGCCAAUUUCAAUAAAAAUACAGCAUCCAAAUUACACUACCAAACCCUUUGCUGCCGCGAUUUAUUGUGGGGAUGGGAAACCAUUAUCAGCCACAGAAUUCAUGACUGAUUUUGUUGAAGAGGCCAAUGAACUCCAAGAAAAUGGUUUGCGCAUUGAUGACAAGGUUUUUGAGGUGAAAAUUGUAGCAAUAGUGGCUGAUUCGCCAGCUCGAGCAUUCAUUUGCUGCCACAAAGCUCCUGGAGCCUUCUAUGCCUGUGGAAGGUGUUUCACCAAGGGCAUUACAGUAGGUUGUGGAAGACGAGGAAAACGCAUAUAUCCAGUGACCAAUGCAAAUUUACGCACUAAAGUAUCCUACGAGACGCGAGUUCAACCAGAACAUCAUUAUGAAGGUUCUGUGUCCCCGCUGCUCUCUUUGGAUAGAUUCGAUCUGACAAAACAAGUGCCAUUAGAUUUAAUGCAUUUAUUCUAUUCUGGUAAUAUGAAAUGGCUGCUGGAUAAAUGGCUAACGAGAAGUUCAGCCCAGAGGAUCAAAUUAGCUGAUGUUCGUCGGCUUGAUGAAUUUUAAACAGUAAGGAAUUCGUUAAGGAUUUGAGUGAAUAUGCUGGAUCUCUGCUAAAAAUUUGUUUCGAGACGUUACCUGAUGUUUAUAAUGAUGAAGGGGCU